AUGAAGGGAGAGUUUGCUUUCAAAGUAGCCGAGUUGCAUACCAAAUACGGGCCGGUGGUGCGCCUUGGGCCUUCGGCGGUAUCCUACAUUGACGAAAGAGCCUGGGAAGACAUUCAUGGAAAGCAUGAUGGCCGCAAACAGCUGAAAAAGGCCAAGGAAUUUGUGCCCACAAGUCCGCCUAAUGGGGCUCAGGGUCUGGUUUUUGUCCGUGAUGACAAGGCCCACGGCCGGAUAAGACGCAACUUUUCGCACGGCUUCUCCGACAAGGCCCUCAGAGACCAGGAGGGCCUAAUUGGGCGAUACUUUGACAAACUAGUAGCGAGGCUGCGACGGUCAGUCGCAGAAGAUGCGCCUAUCAACAUGAUGAAAUGGUACCAACUCGCCACUUUUGACGUUGUUGGCGAUCUCACUUACGGAGAGAACAUCGGUUGCCUGGAGGAUGAUGCCCACGAACUACAUAGAUGGAUUGACAACCUUUACUACAUCGUUAAAGCCAUGUUUUUGCUUGGCUUCAUGAGGGACUUCCUCCGCCUGGACCAACUUCUCUUGGUUGUCAUGACGUCCGACAAGCUACCACUGAAGAAGAACAAGCACCGCACACUGCUUAUCAACAAGCUGAACCGUCGGCUGGGGUGCACUGAACCCCGGAGCGAUUUCAUGGAGUACGUGAUACGCAACCUGGACACCCCGACGGGCAUCUCGUAUGACGAGAUGAUGAUGACAUCGUCCAACAUCCUGAUGGCCGGUGCCGAAACCACGGCGAUGACUCUUUCAGGCGCAACUUACCUUUUGUGUCAACAUCCGGAGGCACUGGCAGCUUUAACCGCCGAGAUCCGCGGCUCUUUCGCUUCAGGCGAUGAGAUUCACAUGACAACGACCACAGACCGUCAUCUCCCCUAUCUUUCCGGGGUGGUUGAGGAGACGUUACGGUUGUUCCCCCCCGUUCCGACAACCUUGCCACGAGUGACCCCGCCUGAGGGCCACUUCAUUGCCGGGCGGUUUGUUCCUGGGAACUCACAGGUUUUUGUCAAUCAGUUAGCCGCCUACCGGUGGCCGGCACACUUUGCUGAAUCUUCCUCCUUCCGGCCGGAGCGUUGGCUGAAGAGCGAAGGCGGGACAAUGUAUGAUGCAGACAUCAAGAGCGUUUUGAAGCCGUUUUCGACUGGUCCAAGGAACUGCAUCGGGAAACACUUGGCGUAUGGAGAAGUGCGUACUAUACUUGCCAAGAUAUUGUGGGAGUUUGACUUGCAACUUGAUCCCAAGAGCGACGGUUGGAUGGAGAGUUUGAAGAUAUACGGCGUAUGGGAAAAGAGGCCCUUAAUGGUUCGAUUUCGCCCGGCCCUUAGGGAAUGA